AUGGAACCUCAGAGUCAAGAUAUUGAUUCAACAACAAAUGAAUGGAAUAAAAGUUCAUGUAAUGAUCAUUCCAUACGACAUGAUCCAAAUGAAACACCAACGGUUAAUUCAACAAAUCCAAAUUAUCAUCCAGCACCAAUGACAAAUAAUUAUAGCUGGGAAAAAAAUAAUUCAACUAUUGAAACAAAUGUUGACAAGGCGAAAGGAGAAUUUAAAAAAGGUCAACAACAUGCAGAAGAUAUUAUUACAAAGUCAAAAAGACAUAUUCUACAACACUGGGAACAAACUCGUCAUUCAAUUAUUCAUUUACAAAAAAGAGUUAAAGAAAUGUUACCAAAAAAAGUUACUAAUCUCAUUUAUUGGCAAAAUCCAAUUGAAUCUGGCAUCGUUUUUGGCAUUUUAUUAUCUGUAAUAAUAACAUUUAUGUUUUUAUCGUCAUUGGCUGCAAUAUCAUUUUGGUUACUUGCAUUUCUUGUUAUUGUUGGUCUGUAUAAAUUAUAUAAUUAUGUCAUGGUAACAUUUGUUGGUCGAAUUCAAGAUGAUAUAUUUGAUUCAAGUUUUUCAUCUGAUAUGCAUAUUUCUGAUAAACAAGCACAAGCAUUGGCUAAUUACAUUCGUACAAAUGGAACAAGUGUAUUAAGACAAGCACGAAGUCUAUUCUUAUGGAAUAAUUUGACAAAUUCAAUUAUUUUUGGUCUUAUGCUUUUCGUCUUUUUCUAUAUUGGUUUAUCAAUGAAUGCACUUACAUUUGCACUUGUUGGUUUAAUUAUCUUGUUUACAAUACCAAAAAUUUAUCAAGUAUAUCAAGUACCAAUUGAUCGUACUGCUAAACAAGUUCUUAAUCAAAUAAAUCAACUUCUAGCCAAAGUAACAACAAAAUUACCAACAAAACCCAAGAAACCUUAA